CUGGGCGUCUUUCGAUUCGACUAUUCUUUUAUAUGAGGAUUGACGUUUCGAGUUAUAAUUCGUUGUGAUUGUUCUCUAGUUCUUGCUUUGACGUUAAAUUGUGACGUGGGUUUGUUUUAUUUUUUAUUUUUCGAAUUCCGGUCUUUCACUGCGCAAUUUGACGCGGUGCUCAUGGGACCUUGGCUAGGGCAUCUUCUCAUUUGUAUGCUCAUCUUAAAUUAUGAGCACUUUAUGCUUAGAAAUUCACAUUGAAGCCUUAAGUUUUUCAAGUAAUGAAUUUAGAAAAUUAUACUGCUGCUGUGUGAUUGUCAUCUGUUAGGUUUAUCUAGACCUUCCCCAAAUUCCUAUUUUCCAGAGUGGCUAGAUUCUUGCUGUGUCCUAUGCAUUUUUAGGAUCGACAUGUCUACUACUAUUGAAGUGGUCACUCUUACUGUGUCUUGUACUUUUAUUUUUUAUUUUUUUCUUAAACACGUUUACGACUAUUGCUUUCCUCAAUCGGUAAAAUUAUGUGAGAGUGUCGCAUCCAGUUCAAGUUCGCAAUGGUUAAAUUUUCUGCAUUCUUGUAUAAUGAAUUCAGUUUCUCUCUAUUAUCUUAGAAGAUGUUCUGAGUCUGACCGAUUAUACUGAAGAAGCUCACUCUCUGCACAGGACCGCAAAAUGUUCUUCCCAAAAAAGGGUGGAACCCCAAAGAAAAAUGAGAUUGUAUUCACUGCCCCUACAGGAGAGGAGAUUAAUAACAAGAAGCAGCUGGAACAGUAUCUGAAAGCUCACCCUGGUGGCCCAGCCGUGUCAGAAUUUGAGUGGGGCACUGGUGAGACCCCAAGAAGAUCGGCUAGGAUCAGCGAGAAAGCCAAGGCUUCUCCAGUAGAGACUCAACCCCCGAAGAAGCGCAGCAGAAAAUCAUCAGCUUCAAAGAAAGAUGCUUCCCAGGAAGAUAAGAAGGAGACAACAGAUGUGCAGAUGCAAGAAACUAAUGAGCCAAAGGAAGAUGCAGUUGUGGAAAAGGUUGCUGUGAGCAAAAAUCAAGAAGAGAAAAGAGAGGAGGGUAGAGAUGUUAGAGACGAAUCCUUUCAUCCUGUGGAAGAUAAACCUGAAGAACAUGUUAAUAGACCUAGUGAAGAGGAGAAGUCCGGGACUACUGGUGGAGAGCUUCCGGGCCUGAAAGAUAACCUUGGCGGGAAGGAAGCUGAGGCUUCCAAUAAAGAUGAGAAGAGUGAGGGAACAAAACUGGAAGACAAAACCGAGCAACCUGAGGGUGAGACGAAGAAAGAGGAUGGACCUGAGGUGCUGAAGAAACAUGAAACAGACAACCCAGUUGAGAAAAAUGUUGAAGUGGAACGAGAGCAUAAAGAUACAAACAAAGCUGAGGAAAAAGAAGGAACGAAAGAAAACAAUGAGGUACUGAAGAAACUUGAAACAGACAAUAUAGUUGAGAAAAAGGUUGAAGUUGAAGGAGAGCAUAAAGAUAUAAACUUGAGAACUGAGGAAAAGGUAGAACGAAAAGAAAACAAUGAAGGAUAUCACAAGGACGUUGAGGCAAGAAAGAAGGGUGAAGCAGAGGUCAUUGAUAACGGCACCAAUGGGGGUGGUACUGGUGAGGUUGCAGCCCCGAGGAAUGAAUGAGAUUAAUAAGCUUUGGCUUCAUCUCUCUCCUUCUGACCCCCUAAGAUCUGUCCUAAGACGACUGCAGCUUUUGUUGUUGUUAAUCUGAUUGUUCAUUGAAACAAUCACAUACAAUUAUAGAGUAGAUCUGUAAUGUACCAUCCUUCUGUGUACUAGAGAUGUUUAGCGCUUAGUUCCCUGUAAACAUUAAGUUGUUUUAUCUUGUGAUAAGAACCUAUGAUCAUGUAAGAUCCUAAAUGUUUCGUUUACUCCCACA